AUGUUAUUGGCAGUAGAAGGAGGAGGAUUCUUCUCUGCUUCGGCUUCAGGGUAUACUAAGGGCCUGAGCCUUCUCCUCUUGGGUCAGAGGGAUGAGGAUAAACCCAUGAGAGUAGCGCCUUGGAACCAGUACCAGUUGGUAGACCAAGAAACUGAUCGCGAGCUCCAGCUGGCUUCUACAAAGAAUCGCCUCUCCCGCGGCUGUGCCUCCUUUGUUUGCUUUGGUCGCACUUCCGCAGGGCUUGAUACUCCGUCUCCUCUUAAAGUGGGCCCUGCCCAACAGCAUGAUGUCUCGCCAGGGCAUCUGGUUUCCAACAAGGGAAAGGAUCCUUCUGCACAUGUAGAUGAUGAAAAUGAUAACAGAAAGGUUACACUUAAAAGUAGCAUAAAGAAGCCACAAAUUAUUAAACCCGUUCAUGUUGUGGCUGCUAGUGAACAAGAAGCAGCAGGUGGACAGGGAAUUUGUGCUCCUGGCGGCCAAGCAGAAAGAAGGAAAGUGCAGUGGACGGAUAAUUGUGGAAGUGAGCUUGUUGAAAUUCGAGAAUUUGAGCCCAGUGAAGUGGAUGGAUCAGAUGAUGAAUUUGAUAGUGGAAAUGACAGAACUUGUUCCUGUGCGAUUAUGUAA